AUGCUGCAAAACAUGAUGGUGUUUAAUUAACCACCCACGCCAAAAUAUGUUUGAUAAUUUACUGCACUUGAGUAUUUUUAGUCGAUAUGACAAAAAAUAAUUUGAGUCUACGGUUUAGGCGGAAACGCCCAGUGUACGGACACAUUUAACAGACGGACCAGAGUCUUGAAUUUGAGUGAACACAGCGUUCACAUCUUAUCAUGAACAUAUAUUCAGAAGCAAAGGCAUAAGAUUGAGUUUGUGUUUCAGAAAUACUGUUUUUAUCAUAGCUCGAGUUAAUAUAGUUAAGCUAAUAAUAUGUGGAAGAAAGGUUCGUCUGAGGGCUCCGACCGGUUUGAAUAUUUACAAACUCUGGUCACUGAGUUUCAGGACACAGACAGUGAAGAGGCAAAGGAGCAGGUGCUGGCUAACCUUGCUAACUUUGCGUACGACCCAAACAACAUGGAGAAUCUAAGGGAGCUGCAGGUGCCCGACCUCUUUUUGGACAUGCUCACUGAGGAGAAUGCCAACUUUGUUGAGUUUGGGAUGGGCGGGCUGUGUAACUUGAGUAUGGACCCUGAAUGCCGAGACGUUAUCCUGCAGAGCAACGGGAUCAGCCUGGUCACAAAUUGCCUGUCGAACCAGAGAGAGGAGACCGUCCUAUCAGCCAUCACUACACUUAUGAACCUCACGACCACCUCGUCACACGCUGAGAUCACUGAUCCGGCUAUCCUACAGUGCAUGCUGCGUUUCUCGCUCUCAGAGAGCCCCCGUCUGCGCAACCUGGCCGCUGUGUUCCUGAAGGACUGCUGCAAUCAGGAGCAGGUGGCCCGAGCGGAGCAGCAGAUGCAGGGACAGCAGACUGCCGUUGGCAUCCCGCUGCCUAAGGACUGAGACAGCUGAUGUUUUCAUGUUAGAGUUCUAUUUUUGAAUUUGUUUUUGCUCUCUAUGAGAGUGUAAGAAAUAUUUGAAACUCUAUGGCAAACAAUGCCACUCAGAUGUUGGGUGAGCAGGUUUGAUCACAGUUGGUGUUCAAGUGUUGGAUGGGGUUAAGGUCAGAGCUCUGUAAAGACCAGUCAUGUUAUAAAACAUCAAACUGGGAAAACAAUUUCUCAAUGGAGCUGGCUUCCUCUGGUCAGUGUUACUGUGUGAGAUUGUGCCAGAUGUACUGUCCCUCUUCUUCUACUUUCUCUUGUUUUUUAAACAUCCAUGACCAUACCCCUGUGCUGGCUGUAACGGUGUUGUGUGGUUUGUUCAAAGCCACAUUGCUUGUUUCUAGAUCAUGUGCUGUGUAUUAACAGCUGAUAUUGUCUGCUAGCACACACGCACAGAAGUGCCUUUUCUUCCCACAUGGUACUGGAUAGUUUGUAUGGCUGUUUUGUGAGAGCCCAAUACAGUUGAUAGCUAAUUGUCCAAAAACAUUACGUGCAGAAUGUAACUAAGUUGACUAGCAAAAUGUUGUAUACAAAGGGUACAGAGAGACUCUUUUGUAAUGCCAGAUUCACUGACUGCAAGAUUCAUAUCAGUGCCUUUUUUCCCUGAAAAAUGUACAUUCCUUCUGCUCUGAAGUUAUUUCCUAAGACCCUGGAAGGAUGCUCGAGCCUUGACGCCAACUAGUUGCCUCUCAAACUCUGUGCUCUCUGUAAGAAUGUCAUGUUCUAAUAGAUAAAUUCAAACCCAAAAAUAUGUUAAAUGUAAAAGGCUAAAUAAACCAUUCUUAAGAGCCAGGAGCGCUGUUUGUUUUCUUCUGGGCUCUUAAGAGCUAUUUCUGGGCCGAGUCCUUCAGGUCUAGACAGAGGACGACAUCCGAUCCUGCUGCCCAGCGUCAGUUGGACUGCACAUGUAGCCCGGUCAGACUCCAGAGGAAAUUCUUUACAGCGUGGAGAGUGUGUGUGUGUGAUACUCGUUCAUUGUAAAUGCUACAAAGAUCUCAUUUUCUGUGUGUGUGUGUGUGUGUGUGUGUGUGUGUGUGUGUGUGUGUGUGUGUGUGUGUGUGUGUGUGUGUGUGUGUGUGUGUGUGUGUGUGUGUGUGUGUGUGUGUGUGUGUGUGUGUGUGUGUGUCUGAAUGGCAUUCCAUGGGCUUCAGAGUUGAGCACCUGCCACAGAGAUCAAUAAAAUACCUUCAUUCUUCCCGUAAAAAGAGAAACACCCACACCUUGUACUAAUAAUGUGGUACAAAGUUUAUUUCAAGCUGAUUUAAAAAUAUUUGAAUAGCUUUUGAGUCGGGAACUCAGUGGCUCAACAUCUACAACAAUUUAUGCACUGAUAUUCAGUCUAACUAUUUGUUAAAAAGGGUAUUGUUGAAGAACUAGGCUUGGGUUAUUUCAUAUUGUCUUCAUUGUAAACAAAUCCAUGAACAUACUCAAAACAUCCUACCACAACCUUUAGGUUGAAAAACAAGUAUUUUGAUUUCUGUGUCUGUUCCCACAAACUGAAAGAUUGACAAUAAAGUUGACUUUGAACAAUUCA